AUGGCUGAGGGAGGUGAGAAUGAUUUUAGGGGUCCUAUAACCCCCAUUAAAGUUAAUGAGAUAGAUGGUCUUAUUAAAUAUCUUCAGAGUAUUAACUGGACUGAACCAUGGUUCUCUGGUCUUGCAGCAUUCCAUAUAAGUUGUGCAAUAUUGACAGUACUAACAAGAAACUCUGGAGUUCCCCAAGCUAUUUAUUUUAGCGUGUUGAUGAUUUUGGUAUUUUGUGCUGAAUUUAUAAAUGAAUGGGCUGCUGAAAAUUGGAGACUGUUUUCAAGUGAGCAAUAUUUUGAUAGCAAUGGUUUCUUUAUAUCCAUAGUGUUUUCUGUACCCUUGUUACUUAAUUGUUUAGUGAUAGUGAUCACAUGGCUUUGGGAUGUUGGAAUGCUCAUACAAAAUGUUAAACAGAUGAAGAUAAAACACAGAAGUAAACUUGCAGAGAAACGGAAAGAAAAACAAGAUAAAGAGGAGAAUGAGAGAGAUGAUGAUGAAAAUAACAUUGGUGCACAGGAAAAGGAAGAUGUAGAAGAAAGUUCCGAAAAUGAUGAAGAAAAUUCAGAAAGUGAGGAUAAAAAAACUAAGUGAUGUGAACUUUUAACCAGAAUAUACUUUGGUAUUAUAAAAACUUUGACUUGUUGAGUGUUGACUCAAAUUCAAAUCGACCUUUCUUCACAAUGAAACAGAUGUUUUAAACCGUUUGAACUGAGAUGUAGUCAUGUUAUAUUAUUUAAUCCAUUGUAUUACAUAUCAUCAAUGCAUAAUAUGUUAUAAAGAUUGAUACAUACAUACCAAAUUCAUGCCUAUUCUGUUUCAGUCAUUCAUUGUCAUAGUUUUUAUAAAGACAUCACUUGACCAGUGUGAACAUUUCUUGUAAUGCUUUUUAUUUAUUUAGAAAAAAUACAAUAAACACACGGUGCUUGUAUGAGCUUCUGGGAUUAUUGGCUGUAGGUUGUCAAUAAUUGUUUCAAAUAACAGUCCUGUGUCUUAGAUAAAUGAUAAAUGGCAUAUUGCAUUAAGCUCUAGUUAAGAUCAAAGGACUAAAAACAAAAUGAUGAAGUACAAAUGUACCUUAAUGAUGUUGUUAAAAGUUUAGUUGUUUAACUUUUUAAUUGGUUUAAAUAUCUUUUCUUGACUUGAAACUUUGCUUUUUUGAAAUGAGAAAUAUUGUUUAUUAUUUAUGGUUUGGUAGUAUUAUGCUGCCCUUUGGUACAUUUUUAUGCAACACUUAGUCCCUUCCCUAUGUGAGCAAUGAAGGAGCAAUAAUGGCCCUAUUGUUUACAAAGGAGGUACAUGUACUGUUUUGUUCACAGGAUGUUUGUAAAAUAGUUUGGGUUUUAUAUAAAUAACAUUUUCGCUUUGUGUAACAAACAAAAACUUGCAUGAUUUAAUCUUUAUAGUUGUAAAAUUUGAUAAUGUUUUUAUUUGAAAAAGAACAUUGCCAUAAAGCUUGGGUUUAUAUCAUUUUAGGUGCAAUUUUCUGCAAAUUAACUUUUGUACAUAAAUAAAUGCGUUAUAACAAACAUGCAUUAUAACUCUUAAAACACAACUUUCAUUUACUUCAUUAAUGAAAGCUUUUUGUAUUCCUCACAAAAUCACUGUAAGUGGCCAAAAUAUGAUUAAAUAAAAAGUGAAAACUA